CCAACCUCCUCCUCCUCCUCGCCGCCGACUCGCCGGCGACGCCACCUCCCUCCCAGCGCCGCCGCAACGCAAACCGUCUUGGUUGGCCUCGCGCACGUCUCUAGCGACGCCAGCUCGGCUCCUGCCUCCAGGAAAUCGCGGACGUCGGCGUCGCCCAAGCAGGGCCCAGGGCGCGGCUGGUGCUGGACGCCGCCGCCGCCCCACGCUGAAGCAGGCGAAGGGAGCGUCCGGCGCAGGUCUGGACUGGGCCCGUGGUGGCGUCGCCACGCGGCGGCAAUCCGCCAGCAGCGCCAUGGCGAACGGCGGCGAGUUCCGCUUCUUCCUCUCAUGCGACAUCAGCCUCCCGCUCGCCUUCCGCGUCGACCGCCUCCUCCACUACCCCACGCCCACCCAGCCUUCUCCUCCUCAAGAUUGUACAACCUUGGCGACCAACAAGAAGGUUCCGGAGCUUGUUGUUGAGUGCAAACUCUACAUCGAUGGGAUACAAUUCGGCUUGCCCGUGAGCACGAGGCUCGAAUCGUCAGGGCCACCAUACUUCUGGAACGAGGUUAUGACGCUCACCGCGAAAUACAGGGAUCUCACCUCCCUUUCGCAGCUUGCGUUCACGGUUUGGGAUAUGUCAUCUGGUGAGGACGGAAAUAUUGUUGGUGGAGCCACCAUAUUUCUUUUCAACAACAAAAAGCAACUUAAAACAGGAAGGCAGAAGCUGCGACUAUGGCCCCAAAAGGAGGCAGAUGGAAGAGUCCCCACCACGACUCCUGGCAAGGUACCUAAGAAUGAGAGGGGUGAGAUAGAGCGUUUGGAGAGGCUUGUUAAUAAGCAUGAAAGAGGACAGAUACAACAUGUAGAAUGGUUGGAUCGUCUUUUCUUCAGAGCCAUGGACAAAGCUAAGGAGAAGUGUGAAAGAACUGAAAAUUUGUACCCUAGCCUUGUUGUUGAAUUUUGCAGUUUUGAACACAGAGUUGUCUUCCAGGAAUCUGGAGCAAAUUUCUAUGCACCAGCCCCUGUGUUGUUAUCAAAUCAACUUGUUACUGUAUGGGACCCUGAACUAGGAAGAACCAAUCCAUCUGAGCACAAACAGUUAAAGCUUGCAAGGAGCCUAACUCGUGGAAUAAUUGAUAAAGAUCUGAAACCAAGCUCAAAUGAGCGAAAGUGUCUGCAAAGAAUUAUCAAGUUUCCUCCUACACGCUCUUUACAAGUGGAUGAGAAGCAGCUGGUCUGGAAAUUUCGGUUCUCUUUGAUGUCUGAGAAGAAAGCUCUUACAAAGUUUGUUCGUGCAGUGGACUGGAGCGAUAUCCAAGAAGCUAAACAAGCUGUUGAAUUGAUUAGAAAGUGGGAAACAAUUGAUGUGGCUGAUGCAUUAGAGCUUCUCUCACCAGACUUUGAAAGUGAGGAGGUUCGAGCUUAUGCCGUCAACAUACUUGAAAGGGCAGAUGAUGAAGAAUUACAAUGCUAUUUACUCCAGCUAGUGCAAGCUCUUCGGUUUGAAAGAUCGGAUGAGUCUUGUCUGGCACACUUUCUUGUAAAACGUGCUGUAUCAAACAUUGAAAUUGCUAGCUUCCUUCGCUGGUAUGUGGUCGUUGAGCUGCGUGACACUGCAUAUGCAAGACGGUAUUACAGUACAUAUGACUUGCUUGAAAAUGGCAUGAUGAAAUUUGCUAGGGAUGAUGGUGAUGAAGACGGAUUUCGACUUUGGCAGAGUUUAACACGGCAGACUGAACUUAUGGCUCAGUUAGGUUCUAUUAUGAAGGAUGUAAAACAAGUUCGUGGUAGUGCACAAAAGAAAAUCGAUGGAUUAAGACAAUUAUUAUCAGGAGUUUUCAGUGAGCUUACCAACUUUGAUGAGCCAAUUCGUUCACCAUUAGCACCAACUGUUCUCCUUACUGGGGUUAUACCUCAAGAAUCAUCUAUAUUUAAAAGUGCCUUGCAUCCUUUGCGCCUUGCCUUUAAGACCGCAAAUGGGGGAAUAUCGAAGAUAAUUUAUAAAAAGGGAGAUGAUCUCCGCCAAGAUCAGCUGGUUAUUCAAAUGGUCUCCUUGAUGGACCGGCUGCUCAAAUUAGAAAAUAUGGAUUUACACCUUACUCCAUAUCGAGUUCUUGCAACUCAACCAGAUGAAGGAAUGCUUGAAUUUAUUCCUUCCAGUUCACUUGCACAGAUUCUAUCAGAACAUCGCACUAUUACAAGUUACCUACAAAAAUUUCAUCCUGAUGAAGAUGGUCCUUUUGGUAUAACUGCUCAGUGCUUGGAAACUUUCAUAAAAAGCUGUGCUGGUUACUCUGUCAUUACAUAUAUAAUGGGGGUUGGAGACAGGCAUCUGGAUAAUCUUCUUCUAACAGAUGAUGGACGCCUCUUCCACGUUGAUUUCGCUUUCAUUCUGGGUAAAGAUCCAAAGCCAUUUCCACCACCAAUGAAACUAUGCAAAGAAAUGGUUGAGGCCAUGGGUGGUGCAGAAAGCCAAUACUACACGAGAUUCAAGUCAUACUGUUGCGAAGCAUACAACAUUUUAAGGAAGUCCAGUAGCCUCAUAUUGAAUCUGUUCAACUUGAUGAGAAGAUCAAAUAUUCCAGACAUCACUAACGAGGAAAAUGCAGGCCUUAAGCUUCAAGAGAAAUUUCGGCUUGAUCUGGAAGAUGAGGAAGCCAUACAUUUCUUCCAAGAUCUUAUCAACGAAAGCGUCAGCGCUUUGUUCCCUCAGAUGGUUGAGACAAUCCAUAGAUGGGCUCAAUACUGGCGCUAAGCAAAGUCGGUAACAGGCAUGAUUGAUGUAUAUACGUACUAACAUGCUCGCCUGCGACCGAUUUAUUUGCAGCAGGUUGCAGGUCUGAACUCUGAAUCCAUUUACAUUUGUCGAUAGCUUAGUUUGUGAAUAUACCACGCAUGCGCCUGGUUAGAAAGCUAUUGAAUGUAGACAGAAGUGUAAUAAGGCUAGCAGUAUUAAAAAAAGAAUCUUUAGCGGCAAAUAUAAUAAUGUUUUAUGUGCCUCAACCCUGACAAUUUUAUGCUUCUUUUUGUAAGUUUGGAGAAUUCGAACGUAGAAAAUAAAAUAAACUAUUUAUUAGAAA